AAUUAAUUUAUUAUUAACUAAACAACAAAUAUGCAAUUCUUGCAUAUAUUAAGCUUAUUAUUGUUGGCUUUGGUGGCCUAUACCUCGGCUCAAAACUGCAAUCCAAAUACUACAUCUUGUUCUGGUGGCCGUAAUGUGGGUCGUAGUGGUCGCGGUUGUUUGGCUCGUAAUAUGUGGUAUUACGAUGCUCGUCUUAGACAAUGUCGUGAAAUGCGUUACUUGGGUUGUGGCGGCAACAGGAAUCGUUGGUGUACACGUAUAGCCUGUGUACGCAGAUGUCACCGUCGUUAAGUUUUGGGCUAAUAUUAGAGUGACUGAAUGAAUUUUAUAAAAUAUAUAGAAAAAUGUUUGCAAA